UUCCACUGCGGGUGGAUCCCGCGUUGAUGUUUCUGAUCACUGACGGCAGUAAAAUGGCCAGAGUUUGUCUGCUGGUUUUCAUUGUUGGUCUUCAACUGGGGAUUCCUGGAGCGAGUGGUGAGAUCACAGAACACAACACAGAAACCGUGUUCAUCUCUCAGCAGACAGCACAUGCGGUGCUGAAACGACAACGGAGAUACAACAGCGGGCGUCUCGAGGAAGUGCUGCAGAAAGCCAACCUGGAGCGAGAAUGCAGAGAGGAGCAAUGCACCAUGGAGGAGGCCAGGGAGUGGUUCGAGAACGAUGAAAAAACUAUGGAAUUCUGGGUCAUCUACACUGAUGGUGACCAGUGUGAGCCAAAGCCCUGCCAGAAUGGAGGAGUUUGUCGUGAUGAAGUGGGCUCCUAUAGCUGCUAUUGCCAAGAAAACUUUCGUGGUAAAAACUGUGAGAUUUACAUGCCCAGACGGUGUUUGGUCAACAAUGGUGGGUGUGCACAUUUCUGCACAACGGAAGGACGCCGACCUGUGUGUUACUGUGCAGCUGGUUACAAAGUUGGGACAGAUGGAAAAAGCUGUGAACCAACAGGUAAGUUCAAAACAGACUGCCUACAAGUGGCCCUGAUGGCUUUUUUACCCAAGCGAAACAAAACGCUGCCUAUCUGUGGAGGCUCCCUGCUUAGUGAAUUUUGGGUAAUCACUGCAGCCCACUGCCUGGUGUUGGCCAAACAAAAAGGACACACUAUCUUUGUAAGAGUUGGUGAACAUGAUGUGAAUGUGGUCGAGGCUUCAGAGCGCAACCAUGCAGUGGCGGAGGAGCACAUCCACCACCGCUACAACUUUAGUCAAUCGCAGUUUAAUCAUGAUAUCGCCCNGCUAAAGUACAAGUGUUGCUAUGUGUGUUUGCAGGUGGCCCUGAUGGCUUUUUUACCCAAGCGAAACAAAACGCUGCCUAUCUGUGGAGGCUCCCUGCUUAGUGAAUUUUGGGUAAUCACUGCAGCCCACUGCCUGGUGUUGGCCAAACAAAAAGGACACACUAUCUUUGUAAGAGUUGGUGAACAUGAUGUGAAUGUGGUCGAGGCUUCAGAGCGCAACCAUGCAGUGGCGGAGGAGCACAUCCACCACCGCUACAACUUUAGUCAAUCGCAGUUUAAUCAUGAUAUCGCCCUGCUGAAGCUCGCCACUCCUGUGGAACUGUCCAAUGAGAGACGUCCCAUAUGUGUGGGCUCAACAGCCUUCAUGCAGGACCUCAUGAAAGACUCCAGCAUCUCCUUGGUGAGUGGCUGGGGACGGACAGUGGACAAGGGCCGUGAAGCUGACAAGCUCCAGAAGUUAUCGGCUCCUGUUGCGGACCGUGCCCUGUGCAAGCAGAGCAGCCGGAACCCCAUCACCCGGUUCAUGUUCUGUGCCGGCCUGGCAGACGGAUUGAGCGAUUCGUGCCAGGGAGACAGCGGCGGCCCGCAUGCCACCAACUACAAAGGAACUUGGUUUCUCACYGGCAUCGUCAGCUGGGGGGAGGGUUGUGCCGAGAAGGGGAGAUACGGCAUCUACACCCAUGUUUCACGAUACUACGCCUGGAUUGUUCACAAAACUGGGAUCUUACAGUCCAACUAAAAUAUGUAGCUCAGCAAAUUCAGAAUUUCUUUAACUGUUGAUGUCUUAACUAAAGGAAAAACUCUUUGUUCCUUUAUUUGGACAAAAAAACWGAUAAGUUAGUCCAACUGCUAGUCUGAGAAGGACCAACAAUGGAGAGAAAUUCCACUCUAACAUCAAACAUGUUUUUGUUUUACAUAAAAACAUUAUAAUGAUUAAACGUGUUGCUUGUGAAAAACGGAGCAUCGCAGAAUCAUACUUUACAACAMGUUGUGGUGGAAGAAUGAAACAUCCCUCUUGAUAUGUUUCUGAACAUUUCCACUUCCAGAUUGGGAACAAAAGCUCUUCCAUGAAUCUACAAUAAAGGUGCAUGCGAAAUUUA